AUGGAUGGUAUAGCUCCGAAAGCUAUCAUCACAGAUCAAGACAGAGCAAUGAAAAAUACAAUUGCUCUUGUAGUUCUGAAAACACAGCAUAGAUUUUGCCUAUGGCAUAUAUUGAAAAAAGUCCCUGAGAAGCUUGGCUCACAUGGUGCCUAUAAAAAUGGGUUGAAAAAUGAGUUGAUGAAAUGUGUAUAUGAUACUCAGAGUAUCGAAGGUUUCGAGAAUUGUUGGGAGGGGUUAAUUAACACCUACAGUUUGCACGAAAAUGCCUGGUUGCAAAGUUUAUACGCUGAGCGUGGGCAUUGGGUACCUGUAUUUUUGAAAGAAUUCUUUUGGGCUGGAAUGAGUACAACCCAGCGGAGCGAGAGUAUGAAUGCCUUUUUUGAUGGGUAUGUUCAUGCAAAAACAAACUUGAAGGAGUUUGUUGAUCAGUUUGACAACGCGCUGAGAAAGAAAAUUGAGAAUGAAACAAGCGCAGACUUUCACUCAUUUAGUGCCACAAUUCCCUGCAUUUCUAGAUCUCCCAUUAAGAAGAAAUUUCAAGAGUUGUACACGAACGCUAAAUUUAAGGAAGUUCAGCAGCAAGUUAUGGGUGUGCUUGAUAUGGAUCCAGCUCUAUAUAAAAGGGAUGGAUCUAGAAAAACCUAUCUUGUAGAGGAUGAAAUUCGUGUUGAGGAGUUCGCUAAACCGGUCACAUUUUCUGUGGAGUUUAAUGAGGAAAGCUGUGAUGCAAAGUGCUCAUGUGGGUUAUUUCAGAUGAGGGGGAUACUGUGUCGGCAUAUUCUGGCAAUAUUCAAAUCUAACCAAGUAAAAUCAGUGCCAAGUAAAUACAUUUUAGAUCGAUGGAGGAAGGAUAUUAGAAGACAAUACACAUUGAUCCGUAGCAGCUAUGACGUAGAGGAUCAGAGGCCAGAUACGAACAGAUAUUCAGGUCUAUUGAAUGUAUGUUAUAAGAUGAUAACUCUUGCAGCGAGUUCCAUUGAGCACACCACGGAUGCAUAUCAAAAGUUACAUGCAAUGAUUGACUUAUAUCUUCAGAACCAACAACCCCCAUCUAUGACUGUAACGGGUUCAAAUGUUGCCUUACAUUCAGUUCAGAUGACUACAAAUGGUAAUGAAAAAUGGGUUCUAAGUCCACUUGUUGUAAGAGGGAAAGGCAGACCUCUAUCUCUGAGGAAAGCAUCGACAUUGGAGAAGCGAGUGUUGAAAGUUAAAGCGAAGAAGCAGAAAGCACCUAACAAUGGGAAAAGUAAACAGCUUUCAAGAGAAGACACGCGCAGAAAUUUAUUUGGCACAUCAGAGACCCCCAUCUCCACUGACAGCACAGAAGCUUUUGACAUUACUAGAACCCAACCCUAUGUUACAUGGAAUGAGAGUCAAGAAACUAUCAAUUUUGGAUUGGAUGGAUCACAACCUGAGUAUGUGGAUGAGACACAACUGAAGCCAACAAUGAAUUUCAGCAAUUUUUAA